UUCCUCUCCAGAGUUUAUUUUUGAAUGGAAGGAUGCUCUUUUCCAGUAGAAGAUGGUGAUCCUAAUGUAUGAUCAUGGAGAAGGGGAUAAGUUCAGUAGAAGUGUUACCUUCCAAAUCGUCUCAGGUUACAGCUGUAAAAGUGGUGGUCAAAGAGCCCGAAACAAAGCAAACCCAAAGAGGGAAACGAGUGGGAUUUGUGCUUGUCCAUGCAGGUGCAGGUUAUCAUUCUGAAUCCAAAGCUAAAGAAUACAAGCAUGUGUGCAAAAGAGCCUGUCAGAAGGCAAUUGAAAAGAUACAGGCUGGUGCUCUUGCAACAGAUGCAGUGACUGCAGCACUUAUAGAAUUAGAGGAUUCUCCUUUCACAAAUGCAGGACUGGGGUCUAACCUAAACCUUCUGGGUGAGAUAGAAUGUGAUGCCAGUAUAAUGGAUGGAAAGUCAUUAAAUUUUGGAGCAGUUGGAGCACUGAGUGGAAUCAAGAAUCCAGUUUCAGUUGCAAAUAGAUUGUUGUGUGAAGGGCAGAAGGGAAAGCUCUCUGCUGGCAGAAUUCCACCUUGCUUUUUAGUUGGUGAAGGAGCUUACAGAUGGGCAGUUGAUCACGGGAUACCAGCAUGUCCUCCAGGUAUCAUGGCUACAAGGUUUAGUUUAGCAGCUUUUAAGAGGAACAAGAGGAAGCUGGAGUUGGCUGAAAAGGUGGAAACAGAUCUCAUUCAACUAAAGAAAAGAAGACAAUCAAAUGAAAAGGAGAAUGACUCAGGAACAUUGGAUACAGUUGGUGCAGUUGUUGUUGACCAAGAAGGAAAUGUUGCUGCUGCUGUCUCCAGCGGAGGUUUAGCACUAAAGCAUCCUGGAAGAGUUGGUCAGGCAGCUCUUUAUGGUUGUUGCUGCUGGGCUGAAAAUACAGGAGCUCAUACCCCUUACUCCACUGCUGUGAGUACUUCAGGUUGUGGAGAGCACCUUGUCCGAACCAUACUGGCCAGAGAAUGUUCAUGUGCUUUGCAAACGGAAGAUGCCCACCAAGCUCUCCUAGAGACUAUGCAAAACAAGUUUAUUGGUUCACCUUUUCUAGCCAAUGAAGAUGGUGUACUCGGAGGUGUGAUAGUUCUUCGGUCUUGCAGGUGUUCAGCAGAACCUGAAUCAUCACAGGAAAAGCCAACUUUACUAGUGGAAUUUCUGUGGAGCCAUACAACAGAGAGCAUGUGUGUAGGAUAUAUGUCUGCACAGGAUGGCAAAGCUAAGGACCUAGCAAAUGGUGGUUCUGAAUCCCAGGUGGAGAUUAUGGAGAUAUGGGAGUCCUUUCUUACAAAGCAAACACUUAGAUGCUUAUAAGCCGGACACCAGCUCACCUGCAGACACUGGUACGCUCGAGAGGUGGAAACGUACUCAACCAAGUAACCUAUCAGCAACUCCUUAAAAGAAGAGUGGGAUGGGAAAGUGGAAUUGGAGAUUUGGUUUGUACAUCCUAACCUGCCAGUGCUUCUGGCUUUUAGCACUGUGAGCUCUCCAAGUACUGAUUUGGAAGCGUCCUUGCAAUUUUAUUUAUCCUUGCAGGUUUAUUUCCUCCGGAUUUGGAAAAAGACUGGGUUCUGCAGCCAGCCACUUGCCUCCAAACUAGACUGCCUGAAUGCUAACUUGCCAGCCUAAAUGUAUAAAAUGGCUGAGCCUGCAAGAAGCCUGUGGAACAAUUUUGCACUGUGACUAAUAAUUGUUUGAUUUAAAGCAUACUUUCUGGAAAGGUGUCCAGUCUUUUUUUGGAAAACCAGUUGACUGGAAAAGUCACUGUUCCCUUUUGAAAAUGUUUGGUUAAAUGUUACUUUAAAAACACCAUGGAGGCUUGCCAGAUAAACUAAGUUCACACCUUAUUGCUGACACAGUCAUCUCUGGUUAUGUGUCCUAUUACUUGUCUUUAGCUCCCUCUCAGCACUGAAAAAGUAUUUCCACUCCUCCACCACUGAUAGCACUGGCAAUUUCAUCUUCACUACCUGCAUAGUGGAUAUCUCAUUGACUUCCCUCUGAUUCUUAUGCCCUUGAACCCUUAAAUCACUGCCAUGAGCAGCUGAUCAAAGCAUAUCCUUGCUGGUUCAGCUGUACUCUUCUUUGUUUCUUGUCAUCCUUCUUGACAUAAGCAGUUUCAUAAUCACUUGGUGCCUGUGUUUGUCACAUAUUGGAUGUGGAAGGAAACAAACUUUUCAUCUGAAUGGCUUUGACUCUUCAAUAUACUUCUUGGAACUAAGCUAUACCACCUAUUGCUACAGCUUAGCCAGGCUGGUGCCUGGGAGCCUCAGCUACAGUGAGCUUAAGGGACAGAUAUAUCCUGGUUUAGAAGUUGCCACUCCCAGACUUCCCUCCUGAAGCAAUACCAUGACGGGUUGUUUCAACAUUAGGCCUGUUCUUUGGGAAGAUGAAUGGACUUCCCGAGAUCUCCUGAAGCAAGUUCCUGCGUUGCCAUCCAUAUGAUGGUAGAAUUGUUGCAUAAGCUGACGCUUAACUAUUUCUAGCCAUUAGUGAGGCUGUUGGAAUAUUCUAGACUUCUGUGAAAGUUUCUGGUCACGGCCGUAAGAAUAGAUGGACAGUAUUAGUCUGUGGACUUCCUCUGCACUUACGCGGAUCCUUUUGUAGCAGUAAUUGCUGCAUCAGCAAAGGUUAAGACUUCUAGAUUGAAGGACUGGGAGAUGAAGUAUCUUCCUAAACUGAGGAGGUAUGUUUUUUCUUUUUUGUUAUUGUGAUGUUGACUCAUUAAUUACUUAAUAUGAAUUCAAGAUCUUUGAUAAGCAGUUAGCUCUUUCAGAUUUCCUGCCCAAAAAUUUCUUCUCUUUCUGAGACACUAGUCUUCAGAACAACCUUCCAGAUGUUUUUUUUUAUGGAUCCAUAAUAGAGCCAACAGCUGAUCCUAUGAUCCUUAGCAUCAGCUAAGAAGGUCAUCCUGUUACUGGAGCUGUGACCUCUUCAAAGAUACUCUGGCAGCUUUCAAUUAAUCAGUUCCAAUUUUCCUGAACUGAUUAGGUUACAUUCUGAGAGCUUAAGCAAUUCCAUGGUCACCACUGGGAAAAUAGCUCUAUUCUGAUGGCUUCAGUGUUGCUGCUUGGAGCUCUGUCUAUGCUGUCCUAGGCGAUGUGCAAUAUUUGAGGUCUUAAUGGUUGGUGUAGCAUUUGGUAGAAUAGUUUUGAGUGUCAGUUUGCAUGAAGGGCUGUGCCAUGUAAUUUGGGAGGGGGAGAAAUAACUCCUUGAAUUCAUGCAUAAUGUGAUUCUAGAUGUAAAUGGAGAAUGGGAAGGAAAGGAGGUGAGUCGGUAGGUUACAAGUGGAAUUGCCUCCUCUUAGUUACGUAGUCUUCAUAUUUUCUUCUUCCUUGUCUGCUUGCCCAAUGGAAGAUGCUGCAAAGGAAAAUAAUUUCUUCCAUCUCAAAUGACAGUGCAGCAUAUGCCUGCAAUGGGAAUUCACAUAGCAACUGCAUCUCUUGAAGGCUCUUGUUAUGGGUAGGCAGCCUUUCUUCGAUUCAGUGUAGUGUAUCUCUGCAUAAUCAAGCAGGAGCCCUUUUAUCUCGGGCAGGGUCUGCAGACUAUUUGUUCACUCAAGGCCCACGGUAUUCUGUGUGCAGAAAGUAUGUGGGUGGGAUGUGCCACAGAACUUCUUUUUUUCCCAGAUGUCCCAAGUUUCUUAUAUUCUCUUAGUGAUUUAGAGUAGUUGGUGGUGGAUGAUGUUUUUGCUUGACAAUAUGUACUUCCUCAUUAUA